AUGUGUCUGAAGGUUUUGGGUAAAUAGGGGGCGAUGUUAUUUUGGUGUUGCAUGGUCUUUUUCAGCAGCACCCACGCAAACAGGCAAACAUUUCUAUAAAAGGUAGAAUCCAUUCGGUUUCCAGAUAGUCUUCUUUCCCGAAAUGUUCGCAGUAUCGACGUCGUCUUGCAGUCUGGACAACAAGUAUUCGGGAAGCACAGGAUACACGGCCAGUUCCAGUGAGUUCCGGAAGUGUUCCGUCCCGAUCUUAUCCGUUUUCUCGCUUUCAGCAGUCAGUCACCCGUCCUCUCCUUCACAGUCUUUCUCCGUUUCUCCCCCGUGCUCACAAUCAGCGCCAGCAAAGUAUUCGACUUCUUCUUCGCCGGCCGUGCAUUCACUUCGAAUCCAUCCGGCUGA